AUGUCGUAUAAUUGCUUGGCACUUUGUAGGGUGAGCGAGAACAUCAAACACUUUCAACACCAUAAGUAUGAUAUUCCUAGUGUUUGGGUUUUUGAGCUGAUGAGCGAUCUAUUCACUAUGGAGCAAUUCGAUUUUGGUGGUGCUUCUGAUGAACACAGUUCUUUCAAGGAAUUCGACUGUGAGGUAGGAGGGUACAUUGCAAAGCAAACUCAAUUGUGUGGAAUAGAAGAUUGGUUGGUAUCAAUAGACACCAAUUUAUCUUAUUCUGGGCUUGGGCUCUAUGAAGACAACACCAUUGCGGAUGAGAUGUUGCUAUCCAAAUAUCAACGAGAACAACUACAAUUGUUUUCUCAUUUCAGAUGUUUAGAUGAUUUAUGUUUUGAUAUUGUCUCCCCCCUAUUUCCAUCGUGUGAUGACAAAAUUUCAAACCCUGUCAGUAUCCACCCUGAAAAUGUGCAGUUUAUGGAACCCAUGAAGGACAAAGCAGUCAUAUCUCCUUUAGCAUCACUUAAGAUCAUCAACAACUAUGAAAGCAGAUUCAGACGGUUGAGUGGGAAGCAGAUAAAUAUGCAGACUUACGACACUAAUGUGAGUAGUCAAAAAUUGUCAACUGGUAAAAUUAGUAGGUUAGCUAGAGAAAAGUUCAUUCAAUCUUGUUCUCAACGUGUUGAUGAACUCUCCAGUCUUAGCCAUCUGUAUCCCAGUUCAUUUUUGGGCCUAGCUAUAGAGGAGGCUAAAGAUGUGGGACUCGUCCAUUGUCUUCUAGCUUCAGCUGAAAAAGUAGGCCAGCGACAGUUUGAUCGGGCAAGCAAGCUGCUCAACCAUUGUGAUGGUUUGUCUUCCAAUAAAGGAAAUGCUGUUCAGAGAUUAGCAUUCUAUUUUUCUAAAGCUCUUCGAGAGAAGAUCAAUCGAGAAACAGGAAGAGUCACAUCAAGGGGUUUGGAAAAGAAACAAUCAUUAGAUCUUGAAGAGGCAAUGAUGAUCCCAAACAUUGCUAUCGUUUCAUUUUGCCAAAAGCUGCCCUCCUCUCAGGUUGUCCAAUUCACUCUAGUUCAGAUCAUAGUUGACAAUGUAGCAGAGGCAAAAAAGGUCCAUAUAAUUGACCUUGACCAUCAGGGGUGGAAUGCUAUGUACGGUUUUGAUGCAACUCUUGCAGCUCGACGUAAAUAUCCACUUGAGCAUCUCAAGGUCACUGCCAUUGGAACUAGAUUCAAAACAAAACUUGAGGAGACAGGGGAGCGGUUGAUGAGUUUUGCUCGGUCCAUAAACUUACCAUUCUCUUUCCAUGUAGUUAUGGUAACAGACAUGCUAGAUCUCAAUGAAGAUGUUUUUGAGCUUGAUACUGAGGAAACACUUGCUGUCAACUCAUCAUAUUCAUUGCGGAGCCUGAUUGCAUGGACAGAUCUUUUGGAAUGCUUGAUGAGAGUGAUGAGGAAAAUUCAUCCUUGUGUCAUGGUGGUCAGUGAAAUUGAAGCAAACCAUAAUUCACCAGUAUUUGUUGCCCUUUUCAUUGAAGCUCUCUUAUCUUAUGGUGCAUUUUUUGAUUCUCUUCAAGAUUGUAUGAGUCAUGAUGAAUCAAAUAGAAUCAUUAUAGAAUCUAUGUAUUUUAGUCAGGCAAUCCAGAACAUUGUGGCCGCAGAGGGAGAGGAGAGGACAAUUUGA